AACACGAAAUGGAAUAGGCCGACUUGUAAACAAAACGGAAGUUGGUCUGCAUGGCUGCCGAGAUAGUCGUUAGAUCAGUGAUAAUCGGAUGCAGUGUGCACGGAUUUGACAGGUUUUAAAGCUAACUAGAGGCAAAUUGGAGCCAUGGCAGAUCUUGAAGAACUUAAACAGAAGUAUAAAUUCCACGAUGAGACCCUGAGUUAUUUUAAACUACGAGCCGAGGCUGGGUUUGGGUCGUACCCGAACGCACCGUCCGUAGAAGCGGCGAGAGAUAUUAAUUUGCAAGUGACCAAAAAAUUUGCUGGCGAGAUCGAAUUUGACGGAUCGGAGAAGGAGUUUAACGUUCCUUCACCAUAUGUCCCAGAUGGUAUUCCUGUGACAGUAUAUAAAUCUAAGAACUGCAGUCUAGUAGUAGCUCCAUCCAUAUUUGUGUUUUUCCAUGGAGGCGGUAAUGUGGUCGGCUCCAGGCAAACUUGUGAUGUCAUCUGUAAGCUGUUCUCAAGAGACGCCCCAUGUGUGGUCGUCAACGUGGAAUACAGACUCGGACCAGAACACCUAUUUCCCGCGAGCAAUGACGAUGCUAAGUGUGUGGUCCGCUGGGUAUCCAUGAAUAAAUCACUAUUAGGUGCUGUCAACAACAGUACGGUGGGUGUGGGCGGGGACAGUGCCGGGGGACAACUUGCUGCCACCGUCGCUCAUCAGCUACAUUCGGUUGUUAAUUACCAGAUUCUAAUAUACCCCAAUGUUGACUACAGGAGGCAGUAUGCAUCUCAGGAGGAAUUUGAAAAUUUCCCUGGACUUUCAAAAGAGAUGACUCAAUGGUUUUCCAAAAACUAUAUAGAUGAUAGUAAGAAGGAAACAGUUCUAGCCUCGCCUAUUCUAAAUGAAAAGUUCAACUGUCUGCCGCCUGCAAUGAUCAUCCUGGCAGAGUUUGAUGUUCUUAGAGAUGCCGGCUAUGCAUACCACGAAAAGUUGAAGAAAGCAGGUAUCCGCUCACAGACAUUCUGUGUUAAGGGGGUGACGCACGGCUUUUUCCAUCUCCCAGGUCAUUUCAAGGAAUCCUGCCAGAGAGCCCAUGAAAAGGUCUGCAAGUUCAUCAAAGCCAGCUCGUGAUCUAUCAACAGAUGUUGCCUUGGUUACCGGGAGACUGUGCCAUUGGAUGAAAUUGUGUUUAAUAAUUCUCUAGCUUAUUUUAACAGUGUUUGUAUAGAAAUGUUAACUGUGUAUCGCUAGUCAAUAUAAAAUGUUAGAAAAUAACAAAUUUAUACAAUAUAGUCUAAAGUCCCAUUGAAUAUCUAUAAAUUUUGCUCAUUAUUUUUACUCAAGACCGGAGACAUUAUCAAGAUCUGUA